GCUGAUUAAGUAUAUUAUAUUAUAGUGCAGUUAUAAUGUUAACCGUUGCUUGGUGAUUCAAUCAGGAAAUAUAGGAUGAAUGCAAAUUACCAAGUGUAAUGCCAUGAAUUUAGUCUCCAGGCAGCCAAAAUAAUUGUAAUCUCACUAUAAAUUUAUAUUUGAACAAAGAUGAGUGCUCAUUUUUUUUGUUUCGUUUUUUCUUGCAGGAGUUUGUGUGUCAAUAUUUUGACGAAAUCAUUGAUGUGGACAUCUGUAGAGUCAGUGUCCUACCUUUCACCAAGCAGUUUUCUGCGGAGAAAUUGCAGAUGAUCAGGGCUGCAUUCAUUAUCGCGUUCUCUGAUGAGGAGCUGGACUGGGCCAUAGAAAAAGUCAUAAGAUGUGUAGGAUUCCUCACCCUGAACAUCUUGAUGCCUGCCUUGCGGGUGUGCGGACGGAUGGAGGCCAGUGCCACCCAGAGGGAGAUACUAUUGGUGCAGGCUGCAGCUGGCGGUAAGGAGGUCUACAAAGGUCCUCGAGCAGAAGGAGACUGCAUCGAUGCCAGGAUUUUUAAAACGGCCCACAGAUUUGAUGAUGUGGAGAGCCCCAUGCCAGCGAGUCAGUCACGUGCUGACUUCAACAUCCUUUACUCACGAAGACUACCAAAAGGCAGACAGAACCAUGCAAACGAAUUUAAAUUUGUUGUUGCUAAGGCACUUGAAAUCCCAACAUUGCUCCUGGAGUCGUUGACUCCCGGGUAUGCUGUCUGGAGGAGAGGGUUCUAUGCAGGCUCUCAGGACAUCUCUGAGUUCCUCAAAAACAAUAAGAAUCAACUUCCGACGAGACAAGCCUUCAUUGGGCUGAUUCAGAUAACAUCAGAGCUACUGAUUGACUUGAGGACGUUGAUUUUACGCAAACAAUCCACCAGGGCAGAGGGUAGUGUCACCCAGGAGGGCAAUUACUUCAAAUUUGAGGACUUUAUCAAGUUUAUAUUGGAUCAAUUUGUCCUAGAGUCUGCCAGAAACUUUCUUGAGAGACUCAUGAAUGCUCCGAGUCUUUUACGGCUGCGGUAUGCCUCCAGGAUAGGGACAGAAGCAGCAGAGAUGGCAUUCCUCUCGCAGGUGUUUGUGCCGGAGAGAGGGUCGGUAAUGAAGCUGCUCAUCACAGCCAUCUCCAAGAAUGUGGCUUAUUUCCUUCAUGACGCUUUGGACAUAAUGGCCAGAAAGAGAGCCCAGUUAGUGUCUGACACCGACUCUGAGACGGAGUACUCCCACACUGAGACACACUCAGACACCUCAGUGUCCACAUCUAGUUUGACUGAGGACACCCUCCAGUCUCAGGACUGUGCUGGACAAUGUGAGACUCUGUCCCCUGGACAAGGAGGAGGUGCUCUGGCGGAGCGAGGAGUCACCCAAACACUGACCACCUCCAGCAGCAGCAGCAGCAGUGAGGUCAGCAGGUCUCACAGUACCUCCACCUGCUCUCUGAACAGUCUUCCCCCUGAGAGACCCCAUGAGUCCUCCAGCCUUUUCAUCAGGCCUGGGGAGGCUGUUGCAACUGUAGGCAUGAGCCCUCACGAGGACUCAGCAAAUGUGAAGUCCUCAAGAGGAGAGGAUAAACAGCGGAGAAAAAGGAUAUUUACAAUCCGCUGGAAAUCUAAUAGAUCUAUAGCUCCAGCACCAGUUACAGUGGUGGAGACGUCUGCUCCCCAUUCCACAGUGAGGACCAGUAGGCCGUCUCUGUCAUCUCGCAUAGCCUCUGGCAUCUCCAGACUCCUCUGCUGUUGUAAAGGUCAGGAGUGACCUCUUGUGGCAGGAAGAGGAGUUGAACCUCCUUUAGUUUCAAUGUUUUGCUCAUGCCUGAAGAUUCAAGGUCCACGAUCCCAAUUGCUUUGGGCCAAGGGCUUGUAAAAAUACUGAUCUGACCACUUUUAAAAGUACCUUACCUUGGGCUGAGGGGGAGAUCAUAACAGGCUGCACAAGAGCAGGAUGCAGUCAGUACCGUUAUGAUGUUGCUCUGUAAUGAGUUCACAAUAAAAUUCCUUCCU